AUGCCAACAUCCCCAGGCGCAGCAUCGACACGUACGCGGACAUCGUCAUUCGGAUCUCAAGUCGAAGGCAAACGUCCUCGAAAAGGACUUCGUAACUUACGUAUCCAGCAUCGCCAUUACCCAAGCGAAGUCUCUGACGAAGAGGUACGCACUCCUUUGACUCCACGAUAUUAUAUCGACCCAGGUAUUCCGCCCAGCCCACUACCCAGAAGUGAGGCGCCUACUACGCCAGGCACACAUGAUGGCUACGGAACACCUGUAGAUGCCGAAAACUUUGACGAAAUCAGAGCCAUGCCUCGACCGGAACCACAGAGAGCCGGAAGCUAUCAAUACGAGAUCGCACGGGUGGCAGGUGCUGCAUCCAGGCAGACGGAACUCAGAUUAGAUACUGCUGUUUCGGGCGGCUGCAGCAUCAACAAUCUAUCUGUGUCUACCAUGGGGACGCUGCCUUUUCGUGCCAUGGUACAAUCAGAUGGUGUGCCAUUGGCAUCACCUGGUCUCGUCACAAAGACCACUUAUCUUGAGAGGCGUCGCGACAUGUUGAGUGCUCCUCGUACAGGCAUGGCUACACCGUACAGUCCGUACAUGCCAUUCACGCCCGUGACACCUGUGACACCUCAUUUGACAAGCAGAGCAGAGAGAAGACAGCGUGAGAGGGAUCGAGGAAGACGUGCUCCAGCCGCGAUAGACCAAGUUAUCGAUGAGGAGGAUAUGUGGGGAAGUGGUUAUUGA